GCAGAACCUGUUUAUAAAAGAACAUGAUACGGAAUUUCGGCAAAUCCUUAUCUUUGCGCUGUUGCUCAGUCGUCGAGGUAAAAAGCAAAUUCGGUGCAGAAUUUAGAAGGUUUUCCCUUGAUCGCUACGAGCCGGGAAUGUUCGAAGACUUUCGCCAGUUAAUCCUGUUCUUACACCACUUGUACAACACGGAGGUCUUCAUCAGCUAUGCGGAUGUCCACGGAGAGCUGCUGCCGAUAAAUAAUGAGGACAACUUCAGAAAAGCUGUGUCUGCCAGCCGACCGCUCCUGCGCAUCUACAUUCGUCAGCGGGAGGAACUUGACCGGGGUAACAUCAGCUCAGAUGGUGUGACAAGGCGAAAGAAAUCAGCAGUGAGAAGAGGUGGAGAUGACAGCCACAGAAGACCACACAUUCAGAUCGGCAUGCCGCAGAACUUCCGUCCAGUGUCAUCCGUAAUUGAUGUGGACAUCUUACCAGAAUGCCACCGACGGGUUCGUCUGUACCACCAGGGCUCACACAGGCCUCUGGGUUUCUACAUUCGUGAUGGCACUACAGUCAGGGUGACCCCCCAUGGUCUGGAGAAGGCCCUGGGCAUCUUCAUCUCCCGCAUGGUUCCUGGAGGACUGGCUGAGAGCACAGGCCUACUGGCCAUUAACGACCAGGUCCUGGAAGUCAAUGACAUUGAUGUCAGGGGAAAAUCUCUGGAUCAGGUGACGGAAAUGAUGGUUGCUAACAGCCGCAACCUCAUCAUCACUGUGAAACCGGCAAACCAGCACAACAAUGUAAGGAGUCGCAGCUGCGUCACCCCCAACCCUAAACCUGUUCUAGAUGAUGAGGGCUGUCUGAGCUACCCGGGACUACCCAUAAUUAUGGGAGUCUACGAAUCAGUAGCUAAUGGCUAUGACAGCGACACAGACUCAGACCUGGUCCGUGAGAAAGCAACUGGCCCCUCGUUCCGGUGUUCCAGUCCUCCGAUGGCCACCCGCUACCCUCACCGCCAUGUUCACGAUCAGAGCAGAUGCCGUGGGUUCCCUUACUCCCAGGUGUCUUGUCGCUCACAGCCCUGUCUGAAUCACAUCAGUCACUCUGGGCCCAGAAGCACACUGUGCAGGGAAAUGACCUCCCAGCAGCAGUACAGAAGCAGCCCAGCAUUCAGACAGAGCAGCUCCAGCAUGCAUGACAUCCUCAGCAAGCUGCACUCAGACAUGCGGCAACGGCUCAUGGUGCCUGACGGGGCAAUGGAGGAGGAUGAAAUUGUUAUCAUUGUAUGA